GCCAGAAGCAGACGCUAGUGCCACACUUUUAUACAGCCUGCGGAAUGCGUCAUCGUGUCCCGUGGGUAGCCCCAUGGUUCUCCUGGCGACAGCCUUUCUACUCUCCAAGUUGCUGGCCCCGGCAUUCCUGCUGACUCCGGAGCACCUGGAUCCGCCAACCCCGGAUCCGGAGCCCUCUCUGAAUGUGAAGUUCGACCCCAGGACCAUGACACUAGCCUGGGACUGCAAGGAGAACACGACCAGCGGCAGGUGCACCAUGCUUCUCAAGGAGGAAGACCGCGUCGUGAAAAAGCCCAGGAAGAAGGAAUGUUGGUGCAACUUUGAGGACACACCUCUGCAUCGCGGAGUCCUGCUGGAGGUUCAGGUCAAUACCAGCGAACGAUCAUUCCGGGAAAAAGUGCUCUAUAGUAACCCAGGUGGGGAGGGCACCGCUGCCCGCAACUUCUCCUGUGUUAUCUACGAUGUGGAUUUCAUGAACUGCUCCUGGGCCAAGGGUGCAGCGGCCCCGGGCGACGUCCAGUAUUUUUUGUACAUACGAGACUCAAAGAGAAAAAGGGAGAGAGAAUGUCCUCGUUACGUCCAACACUUGGGGACCCACGUGGGGUGCCACCUGAGAAACCUCUCGGGCCUGACUUUCCGCAACUACUUUCUGCUCAACGGGACCAGCCGCACCGUGGGGAUCCAGUUCUUCGAUUCGAUUUUGUCCACGAAGGAGAUCGAAAGGUACAGCCCGCCGGCCAACAUCUCCGUCCUGUGCAACGCGUCCCACUGCGUCAUCCGGUGGGACAAGCCCAGGACCAGACGGGCCCUGUCCCACAGCGAGUUCCAGUACCAGCUGGACAUCCAGAGAAAGAGCUUCCCACCUGGCAGUAGAAAUCCGCUGAUCGACGUGUCUGGCGAUUUGGAGAAUCAAUACCACUUUCCGAGCUCUGAGCCCAGAGCUACACACGUCGUAAGGAUCAGAGCGGCCGACGCCCGCAUCCCAGACUGGAGUCCUUGGAGUCGGCCCGUUGAGUUUGGUGAGCGCGUCGGCCGGCACGUGGGCAAGGGCUGCGUCCGGCAGAUAUAAGGGACAUCAGUGAUCGGCGUCUUCACGCUCUCUCUUUGUCUCCGUAGGUUCCUCGGGGUACACAGGCUGUUCCCCCCAAUUCCGCAGAUCAAAGACAAAUUGAGCGAAAACCACCAGAUUGCCUGGGAGGAAUUCACGCCAGGGGAGGGAAAAGGGGACACCGAAGAGGUCUUGACCGUAGAAGAAGUCGCAGGAGCCCCGGAUGGCGUGUGAAGCGGACGGACACGUCUCUGCACGCCCAGGACAUU